AUGACCACCGAACUGCAAGUUGAUGCCGAGGUGACACUCUCACCUCCAUCCACCUUCCUAUCACCAUGCUCAAAGUUCCGCAUCCUGGUGCUGGGUAAUCCAGAAUCUACCAAACAGGAGCUGUUUUCCAAGGUUUUUGGAGUCGAGCUUGAAAAGGUGUGUCGACCCCUGCUUACCCCUUCUCACCUCUUUCGAUCGAAGCGCUUGGCAAAACUGACCAUGUAUACGAGCACGCAGAGACUAGUCUCAGACACAUUUGAUCCCAAACACAACAUCGAGUCCGAGUUGGAUCUCCAAGGCCAGAACGACCGUCUGGCUGUUCACGCCUCGCCAAAUUUUCUGAACGGCGAUCAGAAGAAUUACAACCGAGUGCUUGAGUUCUUGUCCAGGAGCUCGGCCUCCGCCGACCACACCGAGCAUGUACACAUGAUUUGGUACUGUGUAUCAACCAGCGAGGAAGAUCGAGGCAUCUCGGAUCUGGAGAAGCACUUUUUCACACAAGACAUCACCUCGGUCCACGUCCCAGUCGUGUUGGUGUACACCAAAUACGAUGAGUUUGUGAGCCGGGUCAUGUUGGAGUGGAUGAAAGGGGCUGGAUCUACCGAACGCGGUGUUUCCAAGGUUGCGGUUGGCCAUAUUCUCAAAGACAUAUCUUCCAAGAAGUUUGAAGAGGAUAUUGGCCGCCAUUGGAACAUGAUACUCCCGUUCUCUAUUCCGAGAGUCUGUGUGUCUUCUGGUGACGAGGAUGAUGAUAUUCGCAGCUUUCAACAGCUGGCAAACAGUAUAUUAGCCAGCUUAAAGGGAGAGGCGGACGUCAAGCUUGCUUUUGCCACGGCACAGAGAAGUUCCCCCGUCAUCUCGACCCAAUGUAAGUUUCUUACUUCAGUAUUUCUCAGCAUCCACGCUGACGCUCUCUCAGUCUGCGCCGAAGCAGCCACAGACUACUACGAGGUCGACACUGGCCACGCCCGCAAGAUCCACGGCGUCGACAUGCGCGACAUCCUCCCCAACUUCUUCGCCAAAGCCGCCCAGAUCUUCAACCUCCGUGACCCCUCCUCGGUCCUCACCGACCCCUUACUCCUCAACCGCGUCCUCGACUCAACCUUUGGCACCCACCAAAAGCCCCUCCUGGCCGAGUCCCUCCGAAGAAGCGGGACCGAAUCCGGCAGCAUCCUGCUCUCGCUCUCCCCUCACGAACGCGCAGUGUUGCUGACCCAAGCCCUCGCCGGUAUCGUUCUUUUCCUACACAUGCUCGCCGACAGCCAAUGGCCCCACGCCGAGACGUUACCUACAUCAGCCCCCUUAUCACCAGGGUACACCUUUUCCACGCCCACAACCCCCCACUUCCCAUCCCACUCCGGCUCCGUCAACACAGACCUCAGCCAGCGGCAAAUCUCGCGCGAGCUGGAGGAUCUCCGGCUCGGGACGGGAAAGUCCAUCCUGCUCGACACGAUCGAGUCCUCGUCCAUCUUCACCGAGUGUCAGCUGAAGCAGGACAUCUCCGAGCUAAUCCUCAAGGCGGUCACGCUGGCGGAAAAGUCAGAGAUCACCGGCGCGGGGGAGAAUAACUACCGGUUUGCGUACCAUCAGCAUCAUGACGCCAUGUUCUUGGAGGGGGGCUACGGGGGUGAUGAGGAUGGGGUGGGGAAGGGGACGGCGAUGGGGGAUAGCUUGAGCGCGGCCGACAUGAUUAGGGAUAUGUCCAUGACGUUUGUGAAUGAUAACAUUGAGCUCAGGGAGGGGACGGCGGGGGAGGGGAAGGUGAAGCUGGCGUGUGGGUUGACGAUUUUGCCUUUGAACUGA